AUCUGGCAACCCGUGCAGCCCAUUGCACCUUGAACUUGAGCGGUGGUAAAAACGCCUCGUUCCAUCACAAACACUGACAGAGCAGAGGGAACUCUGCCUCUUCAAGUUCACUUCUCGUUUCGCAGCGACCGGAAAGAAAAGCAGAGAGAAAGCAAUGCCGGGUAGGUAGAAACUGCGUGCCCGAAGCCGCAAAGAAGAAGAAGAAAAAAAAAAAGAUGAGCGAAAAAGCUGACACAGGAGGGCCCGCAACCCGCAGGAGGAGGACGACCGUCUCCGGCGUGAAACAACAAGCCAACGGGAGCAAGUGGCACGACGCUGGGGCAAAACCUCCACGGUGCUCCGCUAAAACCAAAGCAGCGGCGGAGGCUUCUCGCCCCGUGGGUCCCGAUGGGGAGGUGGGGACGAAGCAGGAGGAGCUCCCUCACAGUGCGAAGAAGCCGAGGAGCGCGGCGGAGGACAUCACCGACAGACUCAGCUGUCAUGUUUUACAAGAGUCCCUCUUGAGCUCAGCCAGCGGCUACAGCAACUACAGAGGGAUCCUGAACUGGUGUGUUGUCAUGCUGGUGCUUAGUAAUGCACGGCUCUUCUUGGAGAACAUUAUCAAGUAUGGCAUCUUAGUAGAUCCAAUUCAAGUGGUGUCGCUUUUCCUAAAGGACCCCUACAGCUGGCCGGCAGCUUGCCUAAUUAUUGUGUCCAACAUGUUCAUCUUAUCAGCCUUGUAUAUAGAGAGGCGUCUGGCCGUGGGAACAAUCUCUGAAACUACAGGAUGGAUUCUUCACACUUUCAACCUAACAUGUCUGCUGGUCUUUCCUUCUGCCACCGUCCUCUCUGUGACCUCCAUAACCCCAGUGGGUGGUGUGAUUUCUCUGGCGAUCUACUCAAUGCUGUUUCUCAAGCUUUACUCUUAUCAAGACUCCAACAAGUGGUGCAGAGAAAUCAGACAAGCCAAAGCCAAAAGAUUAACGCGGUCGUAUUCAUGUCCAGAUGUGCCACAGUCUAACGGGUCGGCAGUUCAUUCUCUUGUCUCCUACCCAGGCAACCUCACACACAGAGACAUGUAUUACUUUGUUUGCGCACCGACUCUUUGCUACCAGCUCAAUUUCCCACGGUCUCCUCGAAUACGCAAACGGUUCCUGUUGAGAAGACUUUUUGAAAUGCUGUUUCUCAUGCAGUUGUUGGUGGGAUUGAUACAACAGUGGAUGGUUCCCACUAUUCAGAACUCGAUGAAACCAUUCCAGGAAAUGGACUUUUCUCGGAUGGUAGAGCGACUGCUGAAGCUAGCUGUCCCUAAUCAUCUUAUAUGGUUAAUAUUCUUUUAUUGGUUUUUCCACUCCACCAUGAACUUCGUGGCGGAGCUGCUGCAGUUUGGGGACAGGGAGUUCUACAGGGACUGGUGGAACUCUGAGACCGUCACAUAUUUCUGGGCCAACUGGAAUAUCCCAGUGCACAAGUGGUGUCUGAGACAUUUCUAUAAGCCGAUGCUGAAGAAGGGGACAAACAAGUUUAUGGCUCAGACUGCCGUUUUCCUGGUUUCUGCCUUCUUCCACGAGUACCUGGUUAGUGUUCCUCUGAAGAUGUUCCGUCUCUGGGCCUUUAUGGGAAUGAUGGCUCAGGUUCCUCUGGCUUGGUUUGUGGGUCGCUACCUGAAUGGGAACAACGGCAAUGCAGCCGUGUGGAUGUCACUCAUUAUUGGACAGCCUGUCGCUGUGUUGAUGUAUGUUCAUGACUAUUAUGUCAUCCAUCAUGGGAACACUACAUAAAACUGAAAAAAACACACACCUAUUCUCCUACACACCUGUGAGAUGAGCCAAUGAGAAAAGGUGAAGCUAUUUAAGGUGACAAUAAGCUGAACCAGCUUCUAGUGUUUACACUGCAAAGAACCGGACCACAUUAGAAUGGACAUUUAAUAGGAUAAAUAAAAAUAGACGUGCUUGUUGUUGAGCUCAAGUUCACUUUCAAAUGUUAAACUUUAAAAUGCAGAUUCCCUUUAAGUCUUUAAUCCUGGAUUCGAACCGAAGCAGCGUUUAGAUGUCUCUUAAAGGAACCGAUUCUUCGUUCGUUUGGAAUAAGAUUCUAAUUUUACGCACAUUUUUGCUCAGUUAAAAAGUGUUUGAGCUCAGCAACGAUGUCUAAAAAGCACUUUAACAGACAGAGAAGUGGGAGCAGCUCCUUGCAAAGAAGAACUGCUGGAAAACAAACAUGAAUCACUGCCACGCAACAAGCUAGACCAGGAGCUUGUAUGAAACUGGGGGGUUUUGGUGGUUGUCAAUCUUAAGCAGCUCAUUUGCAGUUUACGUUUCC